AUGACGGUGGCCCCCGUGGUGGGUAUUAUGGCCGCUGUCCAUCCUACCAUCUUGUCAUCCGCAGCCUCUUCGCUCCCUUGGCUAGGAGCCAUCUCUACGCCGGAUAAUUUUGCCAGCCAGAUGGACGGGCGCAUUCAGGCACAGGGACUUCUCAGCUCACACUUUGGCAUGUACGGAUGGCCGGGACAGUCGUUCGACUACGUGAUUGUCGGCGGUGGAACGGCGGGCCUGGCCAUGGCGCGCCGCCUGUCACAGGAUGGAUCUGCCUCAGUUGCCGUGAUUGAGGCCGGGGGAUUUUAUGAAACCGAUGCUGGUAAUGCCACAGAGGUGCCGAUGUAUCUGUUCAAUUACUUCUUCGACAAUGGUAAGGUCAAAAACCCUCUAUUUGACUGGUAUCAAUACACGACACCGCAACCCGGGCUGGCACAGCGCGAGAUGUUUUAUAUGCAGGGGAAGACCUUGGGCGGAAGCACUGCACGAGGGGCCAUGUUGUACCACAGAGGCUCGAAAGGUGCAUACAAUAUGUGGGCAGAUCACGUUGGCGACGAUAGUUACACAUGGGAUAAAUGGCUGCCAUAUUUCCAGAAGAGCAUUCACUUCUCUGGUCCCGCAACGAACCCUCGUCCUGCGAAUGCUACUGCUCUGAACGACAACACGGCCUUUACGGCCUCGGGAGGCCCCGUACACGUCGGCUAUCCGUUCCAGGUGAAUGCCAUCUCAUCCUGGGUGGACAAGGCUCUAGCCAAAAUGGGCUUUCCUGAAGCUCAGGGCUUCUCCAACGGCAACUUGUUGGGCCGUUCAUACAUAACUCACACCAUAAACCCCUACACCCGUCGCCGCGAGACCGCUUCAUCUUCGUAUCUGCGUGAAGCACUGAUGGAGAGCAAUAACCUCAACAUCUUCACGCGGACUCUGGUUAAACGGGUACUGUUCGACGAUAAAGAUCGAGCAACAGGAAUAACAGUCAGCACCGACGGCUUCGAGUGGCAGAUCGGGGCCAGAAAGGAGGUCAUUCUGAGCGCCGGCGUCAUGCGUUCACCGCAGCUGCUGAUGGUGUCAGGAAUCGGGCCCAAAACCCAUUUGAAGCAGUUGGGCAUUCCAGUGCGAUCCGAUCUCAGCGGAGUGGGUCAGAACAUGCAGGACACCAUCAUCCUGGGCCCUACAGUUCCAGUCAAGGUCGAGAGCCACAGUCAGUUGAUGGGCAACAAAGAGACACUGCCACGGGCGAUUCGCGAAUAUAACGAGCAGCGCAAGGGUUUGUUGACCAACCCGGGCCAAGAUUAUUUUGCUUUUGAGAAACACCAGCCCGGCAUGCUGAAGGAAUCGACCGCCGCCGAUAUCGACGCCGCAUUUCCCACUGAUUGGCCAACCUUUUCAUAUAUUGCGCUGGACGACACCUUUGUUCCACAAUACGACGGCAAGAAUUACUUCAGCAUGUCUGCCGCUCUGAUGACGCCCUUCAGUCGCGGGACGGUCACGAUCAACAGCAACGAUACAGCCAACCCGCCCAUUGUGGACCCGCAGUGGUUAGCCGAUCCGAGAGAUCAAGAGAUGGCUGUGGCUGCCUUCCGCCGCUGUCGCGAGAUUGUUGCAUCGGAUGUGAUGCGUGAGGUCGUUGCUGGACCCGAGAUUUUACCCGGGCCGCAGUAUCAGACGGAUGAAGACAUUCUGAACUACAUCGCGGAGACAUCAGAUGCUUAUUAUGCUGGGGUGGGCACCUGUGCUAUGGGGAAAGCAGAUGAUCCCAAGGCUGUUGUGGAUUCCAAAGCCAGAGUGUUUGGCGUUAAGGGUCUGCGUGUAGUCGAUGCUUCUAUCUUCCCUUUUGCUAUUGAUGGACAGCCCAUGGGCACCGUGUAUGCUCUGGCUGAGAAGAUUGCAGCUGAAAUGAUCGCUGAACGGUAA